UGUUAAAACUUCCAACGAUUCAAAGGAGAAACUAAAAGAACCAUUCAGAUGAAAUGGUGGUUUGGAAAUGGGGGAAGGAGGAGCUUCCUUUUCUCUGUUACUGGGUUGGGUGGGAGAGGCAGUAGGAGCCUGCGUUCAGACGCAGCGUUGGAAGCCAUAGCUAAAGCUUCAGAAGACAGAGUUCCCAACAUAGUUCUCUACAAUUACCCUUCCUUUUCUGGGGCAUUCUCCGCCCUCUUUGCUCACCUAUUCCACACUCGCCACAAUCUCCCAUUCCUCGUAUUGCCCUUCUCUGCGGUUCCCCCUCUGGCUUUCAGGGUUGAAGAUUUGUGCACUAAUGGCCUUGAGACAUGUUAUCUACUUGACUUUAUUCCUCCAAAGGAGUUCCUCUUCGACCUUUCCCGUAAAUCAAAAUGCAAGAUUAUUGGGUUUGAUCAUCGGAAAUCAGUUUUUAGACAUAUUCCACCUGCCAAUUUUUUCCCUGAGAAUAUUAUGAUUAAUGUAAACCUUGAGAAGAGUAGCUCUAGGGCUGUUUAUGAGUACUUUGCUGGCAAACAUUUGGAUGUUAAUAUUCCUGAUGGAAGUAAAAAUGACCAGGCUCCAUGUUUGGUGGACUCAAAAGACAAAGGCCGAGUAGAGCUGAUUCUUAAUUAUAUUGAGGAUGGAGAUCUUCGCCGAUGGAGCUUGCCUGACAUUAGGAUGUUUAAUAUUGGACUGAGUGAAUGGCGGUCCAGGUUUAGCUGCAUUUCUAAUCCAUACAUGUAUAAGCAGUUGCUGGAAUUAAGUGCUGAAGAUUUAAUUGCUAAAGGAUAUUCAUAUCGUUCAGCUCGUCAAAAUGCUGCAAGCAAAUUGCUGGAAAAGGUGUUCAGGGUUCGACUGGGUAGAGGAUUUUAUGGAGAGUGCCUGGGAGUUCGGGCAGAUGAGAAUUCCAACUUAAGUGAUGAAAUUGGCAAGCUUCUUAGUGUAAAAAGUGCUGCUAGUGGUCUUAGGCCAAUAGGGGCUGUGAUAUUCAUGCAAAGGAAUAAUCUCAAAAUGUGUUUGCGUAGCACUGAUACUGCCACUGAUACCUCUGAGGUUGCAAAGGCGUAUGGCGGAGGUGGUUCCCCAAGUUCCAGCUCCUUCAUGAUAAGGAUGGAUGAGUACAACCAAUGGAUUACAGGGAAUUCAUCUUGAUCAUUCAUGGGUUUGAAUUUCAAAUGUUGGCUUAAUCUUUUGUAACACUUGUGACAGUGUAUACAAGCUUUCUGUUCCUGAAAUUGCAUGCAAAGAUAAUCAUUUGAUUAAGGGGAUUUAUUCAUGAAGAAAAUGGUGAGGUAAUGGCACUUGCAUUCUCCAAAUGGUAUCAGAACAGGUUCAUAGACUUUUCUGACAUUGUUGCUGCAUAUGGCGAGACUGAGAGAAAAGAAUGUAGAGCAUGGAAGCAUUCUAUUCUAGGACAAAAACUGUAGAUGAUGAUAUUCAAGUUCAGCCAAUUAGAAAGAAAAAUUCCUGACAAUUUCUUGUUAGUCUGAGAUUCCAAUACUGCUGCUGGCAUUGUUUCUUCGACCACCAGAUAUCAACUUCACAGCAUUUAGCUGAAGUUUCUGAUUAAUAUUGCAAAUUUUAUCAUUUUCCCUCUUUA